AAAACUUUUGGAUGCUAGCAGUUUGAGAGAGCUUGAAGCACUGUAACCCUGCCUUUGAAAGAAACCCUUAGAAUGCAAUUUAGCAAUGUCAUUUUAUGAAGGUCAUAUUGGGCAUCAACUAUUAUGUUUGGGGUGGAAACAGCAUGCUUUGCAUUUCUUGACUAGUUAUAACAAAUAGGUGACUAGGUUACCAACCAUGACAUUCACUAGCAGUUAGGUGAACCAUCCUCUUGAACACUAUUUUCCUGUUCAACCUCCAGCUAACCACCACAAUCUCUUCUUUCCUCUACAUAUAUUCGAACCUGGCACAAGUUACCUUCAUGUUAACACCAAUUGAAGAUGACUAAGACAGGAUCAGUUGAAGGUGAGCGUGCAGGAGCAGAAAUUGUUUAUGGCCCUGAAGAGUGCUUUCGCCACUCAGUGGAGCUGCUUGAAGAGCUAGGAUUCCCAAAGGGUGUUCUUCCCUUGAAGGAUCUUGUAGAGUGUGGAAGAGUUAGAGAAACUGGGUUUGUAUGGAUGAAGCAAAAGGCACCUUAUGAGCAUUUCUUUGUUAAAACCAAUAGUAAGGUAAGCUAUGAUAUUGAGGUGACUGCUUAUGUAGAGAAGCUGAAGAUGAAAAAAAUGACUGGUAUUAAGAGCAAGCAAAUGCUUUUAUGGGUGCCAAUUAGUGAAAUGAGCAUUGAGAACCCAUCAAGCAAGAAAAUAACCUUCAAAACUCCAAUGGGUAUUGGUAAAUCUUACCCUAUUUCUGCUUUCAUUGAAGACGAAGAGAAGGACAAGCAACUAGUGCAACCAAUUGAAUGAAGGCUAAUUUGCAUUUUGGGCUUUGGCCAUUCGUUUGAUGAUUUCUAAGUCUAUACUACGAAAUAAAUUCCCAUUGCUUUUUCUUAUGUUAUUACUUUUAGGAAUAGUAUUUCCUCCAUCUGCGUUCCACAUAAUUUUACUAAUUAGAUUCAUUAUUAUUACUAUUAUAAUAUAUUUUUGCUUCUAGCA